AUGGCCGCCGCCGCCGCCGCUCUCGCCGCGCGCCGCGCGCUGCAGCUGCUGCGCCGCCCCGCGCUGCCCCUCGCGCUGCCCCGCGCGCUGCCCCCCUGGCCGCGCGCCGCCCGCCCCGCGCCGCGCGCCUACAGCCGGGUGACAGAUGUGCCAUCCCAGGACAGUCACCUAUCUGAGCAGGAGCCUCAGGCCACCAAGGCAGAGAACGACAGUGUCUUUCUCAUCAGGGCACAGGGAUUCCCCUUCUCCUGCACCGAGGAGGAUGUGCUCACCUUCUUUGAUAGCUGUAGAAUUCGAAACGGUGAGAACGGCAUACACUUCCUCUUAAACAGGGAUGGGAGACGCAGGGGGGAUGCCUUGAUCGAGCUGGAGUCGAAAGAGGAUGUCCAGAGAGCCCUGGAGAAGAACCUGCGGUAUAUGGGCGCACGCUACGUAAAAGUUUUUGAAGUACACGAUAGUGAUGUAGAAGGCUUACUACAAAACCUGCGGGAUGAGUCGCAAGCCAUAAACGAUGGAGUUGUACUGCUCCGAGGCCUUCCGUUCAGCUCCACUGAGGAGGAUAUUGCAGACUUCUUUGCAGGUUUGAAAAUAACCGACAUAGUAUUUGUUUACCGGGGAGAAAGAAGGACAGGAGAAGCUUUUGUGCAGUUUGCAGCUCCUGAAAUGGCAGCUAAAGCUCUUUCACGGCACAAGGAGUACAUAGGCAAUAGGUACAUUGAAGUGUACAUAAGUAGGAAGCGACACAUGGAAAGGCACGUGCUUUAUGACAGGCCAAUGGUGCCCUACCCCAGAGUGAGACGAGAACAGGAAACCCUUUCUGAAAGCUGGAGAUCGAGCAGCACGGAAGACUCCGACACGGAAAGAGAGAGCAAAUUGGGCAGGGAAGGAACGGGAAGCGCUGAGCAUGGUUCACAACCUGGGAACAUCCCAUCACCACUACACUUUGUCCACAUGAGAGGUUUUCCUACCCAAGCAAGCGCCCAAGACAUCAUAAAUUUCUUUGCUCCGCUGAAGCCCACGAGGAUCAUGGUGGAAUACAACUCCCAUGGAGACGCCACAGGAGCAGCGGAUGUGCAUUUUGAGAGCCGUGAGGACGCGGCGGCUGCCAUGGCUAAGGACGGGGCACAGCUGGAGUGCAGUGCCGUGGAGCUCUUCCUGAAUGAGCAUCCGAAGGCGAAAGAAGACUGCUAGGGACAGUGGCACGGCCCUGGAUUCGGCCGAGGCCUCCUCCCGCCGUGCCGGAGCCGCCGCGGGGCCGCACCGCCGCCUCUCCGCGUACGACCGCGCAAUAAAGGUGUUCCUGAGCCACCGCGCUGUGGGCGCUGCCUCGGGGGGGG